AUGAGGUUAGUGGAGGAGCAGAGGAGGUUAGAGGAGGAGCAGAGGUGGUUAGAGGAGGAGCAGAGGUGGUUAGAGGAGGAGCAGAGGUGGUUAGAGGAGGAGCAGAGGUGGUUAGAGGAGGAGCAGAGGUGGUUAGAGGAGGAGCAGAGGUGGUUAGAGGAGGAGCAGAGGUGGUUAGAGGAGGAGCAGAGGUGGUUAGAGGAGGAGCAGAGGUGGUUAGAGGAGGAGCAGAGGUGGUUAGAGGAGGAGCAGAGGAGGUUAGAGGAGGAGCAGAGGUGGUUAGAGGAGGAGCAGAGGUGGUUAGAGGAGGAGCAGAGGAGGUUAGAGGAGGAGCAGAGGAGAGGAGGAGCAGAGGAGGAGCAGAGGAGGUUAGAGGAGGAGCAGAGGAGGUUAGAGGAGGAGCAGAGGAGGUUAGAGGAGGAGCAGAGGAGGUUAGAGGAGGAGCAGAGGUGGUUAGAGGAGGAGCAGAGGUGGUUAGAGGAGGAGCAGAGGUGGUUAGAGGAGGAGCAGAGGUGGUUAGAGGAGGAGCAGAGGAGGUUAGAGGAGGAGCAGAGGUGGUUAGAGGAGGAGCAGAGGUGGUUAGAGGAGGAGCAGAGGUGGUUAGAGGAGGAGCAGAUGAGGUUAGAGGAGGAGCAGAGGAGGUUAGAGGAGGAGCAGAGGAGGUUAGAGGAGGAGCAGAGGAGGUUAGAGGAGGAGCAGAGGUGGUUAGAGGAGGAGCAGAGGUGGUUAGAGGAGGAGCAGAGGUGGUUAGAGGAGGAGCAGAGGUGGUUAGAGGAGGAGCAGAGGUGGUUAGAGGAGGAGCAGAGGUGGUUAGAGGAGGAGCAGAGCAGGUUAGAGGAGCAGAGCAGAUGA